AUGCACAUCCCAUUUGCCUACUGGCUCUAUGUCCUCGGUGCCGUGUCACUGUCGACCGCUCUGUCCUGCGGCCAAGCUCACGGCGAGGCCGUAAGCUGGCUCCCGUUGAAAAACGACGGUCGCUUCCACACUGGUUUCCUCCCGAUCGAGUGGGGUCAUGUUGGAUAUCAUUGCGUCUGCGAGUUCUGGGAGAAUGCCAAUUGUCACGACGGCAUUACACGCGUCAUCGAUACGGUCAAUCAUCCAAUAUUCCAUGGCCACUUCGGGACCAACUUUAGAUGCUACAGGUGCCAGCAGUAUCUUUGA